AUGUUCUCGUCCUCAUCCAGAAACUCUCUGUUCUCGCCCUGGUCGUCCAUGGAGCAGUCGGACUCUGAGGUUCUGGACAUCAGCACCAAGGUGCAGCUCCACGGCGUGCUGUGGAAGAGGCCCUUCGGACGGCCGUCGGCCAAGUGGUCCCGCAGAUUCUUCAUCAUCAAAGACAGCUUCUUGCUCUACUAUGCAGAAAGCGAGAAGAGAAGCUUCGAGACCAACAGGUACUUCAACAUCCACCCAAAGGGAGUCAUUCCUUUGGGAGGAUGUGUGGUGUCGUCGAACGAGGACAUGGGGAUGCCUUUCGCUAUCGUGAUCAACCUGGAAGACUUUACUGGCACCAUAGUUCUGGCUGCUGAGUCUGAGGAGGAGCAGGUCCAGUGGAUGGAGAUGAUCCAGGAGUCGGGCAAAGUAACGUGGAGGAACGCCCAGCUGGGGGAGGCCAUGAUCGAGAGUCUGGAGGCUCAGGGGCUGCAGCUGGCCAAGGAGAAGCAGGAAUAUCUGGAUAAACUGAUGGAAGAAACCGAGGAGCUCAGUCAUCAGAGGGCGCAGAGAGAGGAGCUGGAGCGCCUGAACCAGGUCCUGGAGGACGAGAAGAUGAAGUUCGAGGAGGUGGUUCUGGAGCUGAAGGCGGAGCAGGAGCAGAUCAAACUAGACCUGGACGGCACCGCUCAGUCCCUGAAAGGUGUCGAACGUGAGAAGGAAGAGCUGAGCAGCUUAACUGUGACGCUGCAGAAAUCCAUCGAGGAGCUCUCUCAGGAGAAGCAGCGAACUCUGGAGCUGCUCGGCGUGAAGGAUCCGGAGGAGAAGGAGGCUCAGGACGAGGAGAACUCGGCUCCGAGGGACGACGGCGAGGAGCUCCAGGACGUCGACCUGCUGCAGGACCUGCGACACAUCGAGGAGCAGAUGAAGGUCCUGCUGAAGGAGAAGGAGCUGGCUGAGGACAAGCUGAGGCAGAACGAGCAGCGAGCUUCGGUCCUGCAGCAGGAGAGAGAGUACUACUCGUCUGAGGCUCGGACGCUGCAGCAGUCGCUCUCUCAGCUCACUGUGGACAAACAGCAGACCGAAGCCGAGCUGAAGGCGGAGAUCGAGUCUCGGGUGGAGCUGGAGAAAAGGCUGAAGGAGGCCGAGGAGGCUCUGCUGAACCUGGAGAAAGGCCUGAACUCAGUGGAGCGAAGCAAAGAGAGAGACGAGAAGAUGAAGGGAGACGUGACUCAGCUGAGGAAGUUCUUUGAGGAGUGUAUCUGUGCAGCCGAGAUCGAGGCGAAGCUGCCGGCGAUAAUGAAGAACGCUGUGUAUCUUCACAAAGCUGCUGCACGCAGAAUCAAGAGCUGUCGAAUCCAGAGGAGGGCCUCCAGACGCCACUGGUUGAAACACUCCAAGUCGUUCGCGGUGGCCAACGCUGACGGCGGCAGCAUGGAGGAGCUGAGGGAGACGGCUCGAAGGCUGACCUCCGACAGCAACUUCAGAGAGAGCGUCUACAAGAUCAUCACUCGCAGCGACGCCGCCAACAAAACGGAGGUCUGA